AUGGAGGUCAUGGAGGUCAUGGAGGUCAUGGGGUCAUGGGGUCUGGGGUCAUCUGGGGUCAUCUGGGGUCAGGAGGUCAGCUGGGUUCAUGUGACGUGGGCGCUCAUGGGCACUCUGGCUGUGUGGGCGGUGGCUGCGGCCGCUCUGCUCACUUCCUGUCCCGAGGUGGUUUACGGUCACCGGGGCAACAGACGGAUCAGCGCGGGAACGCCCCCCUCCUCCUCCCUGGACCAUGUAACGAGCUACCCACACAAAACGUUUUCAUCACACCCCAACAGCCACCCCCCUCCCCCCACCACCGAAAAGGAUACACUCCCCACCCCACCCACACGCCAUCUGAAAACCGCCAUUUUCCACACACACCGGCAAUCCACUCCGACAAGAAGACACACACUUGCCAUAGCUCCCUCCCCCACCAGCGCUGUCUGUCACCCCGCUACUUUCUCAUCGUCUCAUCCACUCGCCACCACCCCUCACCUCCCCACGACCCACCGCAUCCCAACCCACCCCCCACCCCACCCCCCCCUCCCCCCCCCCCCUCCACCCCCACACCCCAUCCCCACACCGCCCCUACCCCCUCCCCCUCCCUCGCCCCCCCCUCCCCCCCACCCCACCCCUCCCCCCCAUCACCGCCCCCUCCCCCCCCCCCCACCCCCCCCCCCCCCCUAUCCUCCCAACAUUACCAUAACGACCAUCCAUCUCACCACUUCUCCCCCCCCACAACCCGCUCUGCCUCAUUGUGCUUUGCACCGUUUCUCAGUCACAGGACGAAAGUGGUCCGUGUAUGAUACAUCACCGAAUCCAAGCAUCCGAGUGCCCCCCGCGGGCUUUCCCUGA